UGCUCUGCCGUCCUCUGCCGCUGGUCUCUGCUGGUGAAGCCGAGCGGAGCGCGGCGCCUCUUCGUUUCUCUGCGCGGAUACAACCGCAGUUCGCAAGAUUGAAGCCGGAUGAGAGAGGAGGAGAGAGAAAUAUGAAGCUGGGUCACCGGAGCCGCGUCGCAUCGCCCGGACAGCUGUAAGGUCGGCGGACACACGCGUGGAUUCAUCAAAGGGCCGACGUUAAGGGCUUCUCUCUGUUUGACACUCAGCCAGCGACAGGAUGAUCGAGGAAGGCAGCAAACGAGGCAAGGCCAUGGUGGAGAAGAGACAGCUCUUCAUGGAAAUGAGAGCUCAAAACUUUGAUGUAAUCAGACUGUCGACAUACAGGACUGCCUGCAAACUCCGGUUUGUGCAGAAGAGAUGCAACCUUCAUCUGGUGGACGUGUGGAACAUGAUCGAGGCGUUUCGUGACAACGGCCUCAACACGCUGGACCACAACGCCGAGAUCAACGUGGCGCGGCUGGAGACGAUCCUGUCCUCCAUCUACUACCAGCUCAACAAGCGGCUGCCCACCACCCACCAGAUCAACGUGGAUCAGUCCAUCGGGCUGCUGCUCAACUUCAUGGUGGCCACCUACGACAGUGAAAGCCAUGGGAAGCUGACCGUUUUCUCAAUGAAAGCCAUGCUGUCUACAAUGUGUGGAGGGAAGAUUGUGGACAAACUACGCUAUAUUUUCUCACAGAUCUCAGACUCAAAUGGAGUCAUGAUGUUUGCAAAGUUUGAUCAGUUUCUCCGGGAGGUGCUGAAGCUCCCCACAGCCGUGUUCGAGGGUCCGUCUUUCGGCUACACGGAGCACUCGGUGCGCACAUGCUUCCCUCAGCAGAAGAAGAUUAUGCUGAACACGUUUUUGGAUGUGUUGAUGGCAGACCCUCCCCCUCAAUGCCUCGUAUGGCUACCGCUCAUGCACCGACUUGCUAAUGUUGAAAAUGUCUUCCAUCCGGUGGAAUGUUCCUAUUGCCGGAGCGAGAGCAUGAUGGGUUUCCGGUACCGGUGCCAGCAGUGCCACGGCUACCAGCUGUGCCAGAGCUGCUUCUGGCGCGGCCAUGCCAACGGUCCCCAUAGCAACCAGCACCAGAUGAAGGAGCAUUCUUCCUGGAAGUCUCCGGCCAAAAAGCUGAGCCACGCCAUCAGUAAAUCCCUCGGCUGCGUCCCCAUCGGAGAGCCGCCUCAUCCUGUGUUCCCCGAGCAGGCGGAGAGACCCCCGGAGCUCACCCACACUGUUCAGCCGAAACCAGGGGCCGACAACAUGAACGACACAAUGCUCAUGUCCUCUGGGGCGCCCACUCCUACCCAAAGUGUCUUGGAGAGUCCCAGUCGGCUGGAUGAGGAGCAUCGCCUCAUCGCUCGCUACGCCGCCCGCCUGGCAGCCGAGGCGGGAAACUCCACACAACAAUGUCCUCCGACAGAUUUGGGUUUCAACUUCGAUGCCAACAAGCAACAGAGACAGCUGAUCGCAGAGCUGGAGAACAAAAACAGAGAGAUCCUUCAGGAGAUCCAGCGGCUGCGUCUGGAGCACGAGCAGGCGUCCCAGCCGACCCCAGAGAAAGCCCAGCAGAACCCCACGCUGCUGACAGAACUGCGGCUCCUCAGACACAGGAAGGACGAGCUGGAGCGGCGCAUGUCGGCGCUGCAGGAGAGCAGGCGGGAGCUGAUGGUGCAGCUGGAGGGACUCAUGAGGCUGCUGAAGUCGCAGUCUGGAGGCUCCCCUCACUCCUCCCCCAGCCACGGGGCGGGCUGCUCCAUGCCGAUGCCCAUUCGCUCCACCUCGGCUGGGUCCACCCCCACCCACACCCCACAGGACUGCCUGGCCGGCGUGGGGGGCGACGUGCUCGAGGCCUUCGCUCAUGGUGUACCUAGAAAUCUUCGUAAUGAUCUAUUAGUUGCUGCUGACUCAAUCACAAACACCAUGUCGUCGCUGGUGAAAGAGCUCCACUCGGUUGAUGACGUGGCCUUGGAAGAGGAUACGAACAUGAGGAACGGUGGGGACAGAAGCACAUUGAGAGUACAGAAGCACUGAGGAAACACAACCACCUGCAAGGACAAACAGUCAACAACUGGGAAGUAUCAGUAACAACAACAA